ACACACACACACACACGCACGCACGCACACGCACAUACACAUACAUACAUACAUACAAACAGAGAUCUGAGUACAUAAUUACAGGGAGUAAAAAUAUAAUUAGAAAUGCAUAUAUUCUUUCUUUGAUUGAUGAAAUCCGUGCUCAGUGUAUUUUACGUUUUAUUUGCUCUGUUAAAUAUUGAAAACAUUUUACACCAAGAAAAUAACACACACAGGACACGUCGAAAAAAUAUACAAUGACAUACAAAAUCAACGAAAAGAAAAAUCUAAAAGAUUUCCAUUAUAAAACACAUCCCACUGCCAAAAUAAUACACCCAGAAUUAUCCUUUAGAAAAAGAACUAUUACAAUAUAAUUGGUUUUGAAAUUCACUUUAUUUAAAUGUGCUUCGAUCAGAUUUCUACACGAUGCUAAUGGUUAUACGUCGUUUUUAGAAGUAGCAGGAAAUUCAGAUAAUUUACAUUUAGGAAGACUAUCACAUAACUGCAAAGUUAAUAAUCCAUUAAUAAUCUAAAUGUUACUUCCACAUUUCUUAAAUAUAAUCGAUCACACAAAAUGCUAAAUAAACAGCACGCUAUUUAUCCUAACAAAGGUUUAAAAGUUGUAAUAUCGUUGCUAUGCUAUGCCUUCGUGUUAUUCAAUAGACUAUAUCUAAGGAAAUAACCUUAAAAAAACAAAAAAAACAAAAACAAACAAAAAAAAAAACAUUUAUGACUUUGAGACCUACCAGAUUAUUGAUCUUGACAUCUGUUAAAACAAUGUCGCGUUCUUUCUUUCUUUUUUCUUUCUUUCUUUCUGUUUAUUAUGCUGGGUACAGUAGCCUGACUGGUGAAACUCACACAUUUAUACUAUUAAUCUAAUUGGCUAGCUGCUGUUUCUGAGCUGACGGGAAGUUUACUGGUUCUCUCCCUUGCUCUCCGGAGAGCAAUCAUUUCUAGGGAAGCUUAUUUCUAUUGGCCAAUGCGCGAUCAGCUGGUUGCUUUUACGGCUGUGGAGUUUGGCGCUUAGCCAUCUAGAAACAAACCAGCUGGAGGACUACUAAUAGUUAUAGCCAGAUGUACAAAUACAUAACAAAUCGCAAUAGUUCAGUCUGUGGAGCCAAUGAGUUCGUACUUUAUGAACACUGCUUUCCCGGCUGCCCUGACCAGCUGCCAGGACUCCUUCCUCGGUCAAAUCCCUGUGUACACAUCUGGCUAUGAGGCAUUGAGGCACUUUACAGCUUCAUAUGGAACAUCUACGAUCCAAGAUAAGACUUAUCCAUCAUCUUGUUUUUAUCAGCAAUCAAAUACACUACUUGAUACAAGAGUGCCCUCUGAUUAUGGGUCAUCCUGUUUUCAUCAAGAGAAGGACCCACCUACCGCCUUUCCUGCAAGGAGCGCCGGCGAGCAGAGCGAGUACAUGCCGUUCAACGCUGAGCAACAAUCCGAACCACAGGGUGCACAAAACAAAGUCUUGAAGGAUGAACCACCCGACCGGAAGUACCCGGGUUCAGUUUAUCCAUGGAUGAUGAAUUGCAAUGGUUCAAUAUAUGGAUCACAUGGGAAACGUGGACGGCAGACCUACACCAGACACCAAACUCUGGAAUUGGAAAAGGAGUUUCAUUUUAACAGAUACUUGACCAGACGUCGCCGAAUUGAAAUUGCAAGCGCCCUUUGUCUCACAGAAAGGCAGAUUAAAAUAUGGUUUCAAAACCGACGCAUGAAAUGGAAAAAAGAAAACAAUUUGCUCGGGAGUAAACAGCCAAACUGUGAAGAAGCAGCAUCAAAGGAGUAGUGCGCGUGUAUUUACAGGCCGUUUAAUCUGUGUUAGCAUUAUAUCGGCGGGUUAAUGGGGUUCGUUUCUUCUUCAGUUAAUUUAUGCAUUUAUUUAUUUACAUGUAAUUAUCAGCACUCCUGUAAAGUACCGAGUAUUGUAAAUGGCAAAAUCAGUAAAAUGAUAAGCGUUUUAUUUUAUGUUUAUUACUUUAUAUUUGCAUUCUACACACACACACACACACAUACACACACGCACACA